AUCUGGGCUCUUGCAAUCUGUCUGCUGUUGCCUUGCGCCAAGGACAAUCAUGGACACCCGGGCCUCUCGAGACCCUGAGAUGGCCGAAGUGCUGCCCCAGCAUCAGUUCGACAGCCAGUCCCUGGAAGCAUACCUGAACCAGCAUUUGUCCGGCUUUGGUGCUGAGCGCCAGGCAAAACUGACGGUUGCCCAGUACAGAUCAGGGCAGUCCAAUCCCACGUUUUAUCUCCAGAAGGGCUCGCAAGCAUAUGUACUUAGGAAAAAACCUCCUGGUUCUCUGCUCCCUAAAGCACACAAGAUUGAUAGAGAAUUUGAAGUCCAGAAAGCUUUGUUUUCUGUUGGAUUCCCUGUUCCCAAGCCUUUGUUGUACUGCAGUGAUGCAUCUGUCAUUGGAACAGAAUUUUAUGUGAUGGAGCAUGUGCAGGGUCGAAUCUUUCGUGAUUUCACAAUUCCUGGUGUUAGUCCAGCGGAGCGCACAGCCAUCUACGUGGCCAUGAUAGAAACUCUGGCUUGGCUCCAUUCCCUGGAUAUACAGUCCCUGAGGCUGCAGAAGUAUGGGAGAGGUGCUGGCUACUGCAAACGACAGGUCUCAACCUGGACAGAGCAGUAUCAAGCUGCAGCUCAUCAGGACAUUCCAGCCAUGAACCAGCUCUCAGAGUGGCUGGUGCAAAAUCUGCCAGAUAAUGACAAUGAGGAAAAUUUGAUUCAUGGAGAUUUCAAACUAGAUAACAUAGUGUUCCAUCCAAAAGAGUCUCGUGUGAUAGCCGUAUUGGAUUGGGAACUUUCAACUCUUGGCCAUCCUUUGUCAGACUUAGCUCAUCUCUCCAUAUUCUACUUUUGGCCAAGGACAGUUCCAUUGCUAAAUCAAAGUUCUCAUCUGCAAGAAAACAUAGGGGUACCAUCAAUGGAAGAACUGAUUUCAAUAUAUUGCCGCUGCAGGGGAAUUAACCCUAUUCUUCCUAACUGGAAUUUCUUUCUUGCCCUUUCAUAUUUUAAAAUGGCUGGAAUAGCACAGGGAGUGUAUAGUAGAUACCUUCUGGGAAAUAAUGCAUCCGAGAGUAGCUUUCUGUUUGCCAAUGUUGUGCAACCUCUGGCAGAAACUGGGUUACAACUCUCAAAAAGAACUUUCAGUACUGCACUGACCCAGCCUGACUCAGCCCAGCGGCUGUUUGGACAGAGCAGGACAGGCCAGGAAGUUCUUGGUCGGGUGAAGCAUUUCAUGAACCAGCAUAUCCUCCCAGCUGAGCAGGAGGUAAUUGAAUUCUAUGCUAAUAAUGAAAAUUCGGUGGACAAGUGGAGAAAACCUUUUAUGAUCGAUAAACUUAAGGAAAUGGCCAAGGCGGAAGGCCUCUGGAACCUGUUCCUGCCCGCUGUCAGUGGCCUCAGCCAGGUGGACUAUGCCUUGAUUGCUGAAGAAACAGGAAAAUGUUUUUUCGCUCCAGAGGUUUUUAACUGCCAAGCACCAGACACAGGCAACAUGGAAGUGCUCCAUCUGUAUGGAAAUGAAAAGCAAAAGCAGCAGUGGCUGGAGCCUCUUCUUCAAGGAAGCAUCGCCUCCUGCUUCUGUAUGACAGAACCAGGUGUAGCUUCAAGUGAUGCCACAAAUAUUGAAUGCAGCAUCCAACGAGAUGGAGAUAGCUAUAUUGUCAAUGGCAAGAAGUGGUGGAGCAGUGGAGCUGGGAAUCCAAACUGCAAAAUUGCGAUUGUUUUGGGAAGAACUAAAAACGCCUCUGCAAGCAGACAUCAACAACACACCAUGGUUCUUGUUCCUCUAAACACACCUGGAGUUGAAAUCAUAAGGCCUUUGUCUGUUUUUGGCUACCUGGAUCACUUACAUGGAGGACAUUUUGAAGUCCAUUUUAAUCAAGUGCGAGUUCCUGUCACUAAUUUAAUACUAGGUGAGGGUCGUGGAUUUGAGAUUGCCCAGGGCCGCCUGGGACCAGGCAGAAUCCACCACUGCAUGAGAGCUGUAGGUAUGGCGGAGCGUGCACUGGAGAUCCUGUGCCAAAGGGCAGCACAGAGAGUGGCCUUUAAGAAGAAACUGUACGAGCAUGAGGUGGUGGCCCAUGCCAUUGCUAAAAGCCGCAUCGCCAUCGAGGAGAUCCGCUUGCUGACCCUGAAAGCUGCCCACAGCAUUGACACUCUAGGCAGUGCUGGUGCCAGAAAGGAGAUCGCAAUGAUAAAAGUGGCCGCCCCUCGGGUCGUCUGCAAAGUUAUUGACCGGGCCAUCCAGGUGUGUGGAGGUGCCGGUGUGUCCCAGGAUUUCCCGCUGGCUAACAUGUAUGCCCUAGCACGAACUCUGCGCUUGGCAGACGGGCCUGAUGAGGUGCAUCUCUCGGCUGUGGCUGCCAUGGAGCUGCGGGAGCAGGCCAAGCGCCAUCGGGCCCGAAUGUAGGCUCUGCUGCUCUGCUGUGGACGUGGUGUGGGUAGUGUCAGGGCACAGGGUGAAUUACCUUUUCUUGGUAAAGACUUGAGUAUCUAGACCC